AUGCCCACAGCAAUGAAAGCAGGCUUGGAUGACAAAAUGACAGACACUGGCAACUUGGAUGGGAUAUUACCAGAAUGGGAGAAAAACUUAAAGGAUAUAAAAAUACCUGCUUGUUUUAGCAAGAUGCCCCAAGAAACUGGGAAGACUUUCCCUUACUCCAAACAAGUUGGGAAUUACCUAGUAGGCAAAAUGAUCAACAAGGGCUCCUUUGCCAAGGUGAUGGAGGGGCUGCACAUCCCCACGGGGGAGAAGGUAGCCGUAAAAGUCAUUGACAAGAGAAAAGCCAAGCAGGAUUCCUACAUUUUAAAAAAUAUGAAGCGUGAGCCACGGAUACACCAGAUGAUUAAGCACCCCAAUGUUGUUCGGCUAUAUGAGACCUUGGAGACUGACAACUCCUAUUACAUGGUGAUGGAGCUGUGCCUUGGCGGGGACCUCCUGGACAGAAUUUGUGACAAAAAGAGGCUGGCGGAAAGGGAAGUAAGGAGAUACACCAGACAAAUUCUGUCUGCAGUAGAGCACCUGCAUUGCCAGGGGAUUGUUCACAGGGACCUAAAAAUUGAAAAUUUUCUUCUUGAUGAGAACAACAACAUCAAAAUCGUUGAUUUCGGACUGAGCAAUACUGCAAAGUUUGAGGGUCUCUCUCAGGAGCUGUUACAUACCCAGUGUGGAAGCCCAGCUUAUGCUGCCCCAGAACUCCUUGCUCAUAGAAAAUACGGUCCAAAGGUGGAUGUCUGGUCCAUAGGUGUAAGCAUGUUUGCUAUGCUAACUGGGACAUUACCCUUCACGGUGGAACCUUUUAAUAUCAAGCAACUACAUCAAAAGAUGUUAAUUGGAGAAAUCAGCCCUAUUCCGUCAGAUAUCUCCCCUGGAGCUGUACACUUCAUGCAGUCCUUACUUGAGCCUGACCCUGCUAAGAGGCCUGGAGUCAAAGAAGCAAUAAAAGACAAAUGGUUGAAUGAAGGCUUCACCAGGAAAAUACUGAAUGCUGCUACCUAUGAGAACAGACUUUGCCCCAGUGAAUUGAAUCCUGUUGUUUUAAAGUACAUGACAGAAAUGAUGGAGUUCAGUCUUUCAGAAGUUAUCAACAUUUUAAUAAAUAACAGACCCUCUCCUGCCAUGGCUUCUUAUUGCUUAUUGCUGAAGAAACUGCUCAGGUACCAGAAAGACCGCAAAAGAGCCCAGAGGGAAAAUGAAGUAGAAAAACACAAUAUUAAUCCUGAUAAACAUUUGAAUAAGGACUCAGAAAUUCAGAUUUCUCAGAAGGCUGAAAUGGACACUCUGGAAAAACUCAGGAAUUAUGGCAAUAGGGCAUUUCCUUCUGUACUAGUCCUGGCAGCGCCAGAUGCUAUUCAAGAAGAUGAGAUCACAAUUACAUUGGAAAACCAGGAAGACUUCCCAGAAGGUGAAUCUACAAUUCUGGGUAACAUGAAGAAAAGUUCAACUAUGUAUGGCAUCUUCCACUACAAAGAGCUAGAAGCCAUCAAACGGAGAAUUAAUCACACAGAAACAGAUGACAAUACUGCCCCUGAAGAUGAUGAUAGUUCAGUGUGGUUACCCAACCCUGAUUCAUCUGACCAGAUGCAGACAUCCAUACAGAAACUUGUUGUCCAAGAAACAGAUGACAAUACUGCCCCUGAAGAUGAUGAUAGUUCAGUGUGGUUACCCAACCCUGAUUCAUCUGACCAGAUGCAGACAUCCAUACAGAAACUUGUCCAAGAUGAAGACAACCUGGUGAAAGCGUUCCCACAUUCCUCGUUGCACUUUUGCCAUGACAAAACUUAG